CUAUUUAGGACAGUGCAGGCAGCACCCUGGACAGACAGACUUUGUGGGCUGUACCUGGGGAGCUGCUGGCACGGCUGAUCUGAGCAAGACUCUUUGAGACUGGACUCCUUCCUGAGGGAGAAUCCAGAGAGGGGCAGAAGAUGAGCACUGUGGGCAAAGUUAUUAAAUGCAAGGCAGCCAUUGCCUGGGAAGCAGGGAGCCUCUUUUCUAUUGAGGAGGUUGAAGUCGCCCCACCCAAAGAACAUGAAAUUCGAGUUAAGAUUGUUGCUACAGGGGUGUGCCGUAGUGAUGCGCAUGCUAUAAGCCCCAGUUUUAAGGAGGGUCUUUUUCCAGUCAUCCUGGGCCAUGAAGGAGCAGGAAUUGUGGAGAGCACUGGACCAGGAGUGACUAAAUUUAAACCAGGUGACAAGGUUAUUCCACUCUAUAUGCCUCAGUGUGGCCAAUGUAAGUUCUGCUUGAGUCCAAAGACCAACCUUUGUGAAAAGAUCAGCAAAAUUAAAACAGCUAUAUCUGAUCAAGACCUGAUGCCUGAUGGUACCAGCAGGUUUACCUGCAAAGGGAAGCAGAUUUACCACUUCAUGGGAACUAGCACCUUCUCUGAAUACACUGUUGUAGCAGAAACCUCUCUUGUCAAAAUUGACGAUGCUGCUCCUCUGGAAAAAGUCUGCCUGAUAGGCUGUGGAUUUUCCACUGGUUAUGGAGCUGCUAUCAAUACUGCCAAGGUGGAACCUGGGUCUACUUGUGCUGUCUUUGGCUUAGGAGGAGUUGGCCUGUCAGCUGUUAUGGGCUGUAAAGUUUCUGGAGCUUCUCGGAUCUUUGCAAUUGACAUCAACAAAGAUAAAUUUUCAUUGGCAAAAGAGUUAGGAGCUACCGACUGCCUCAAUCCUCAGGAUUUCAAGAAACCCAUUCAGGAGGUUAUAACUGAAAUGAAUGAUGGUGGUGUCGAUUUUGCCAUUGAAUGCAUCGGUAACAUUGCAGUCAUGAAUGCUGCCCUUGAGUGCACCACAGUGGGCUGGGGAACUUGUGUGAUUGUUGGAGUGGCUGUGGGAGGACAAACAAUCGCUGUUUCUCCAAUGCAACUGAUAAUGGGAAAGAAAAUAAAUGCCACUUUCUUUGGAGGUUGGAAGAGUAUAGAUUCUGUACCGAAGCUGGUGUCUGACUAUAUGGCAAAGAAAUUCAAUUUGGAUGCGUUGGUGACUUACACUCUGCCAUUUGAAAAAAUCAACAAAGCUUUUGAUCUUAUGUGUGAGGGGAAGAGCACCAGAACCGUCUUAGUUUUUUAAGGAUUCAACUUAAGUUUUUGCAGACUCCCAUAUGAAUUUGAGCCUCGUCCUUUGCCUGCCUUAUUGCUUAUUGAUUCAAUUAUCUUUUCUUUCCAUAUUCCUGAAAGUACUUAUGCUCAGUACAUAAUAAUAUAGAACAGGUAAGAAUUAAAGGUCACAUUAGACAGUAGCUAAAAAACAUACAGAUGUAAGUGUUGCGUAGCACUGUGAUACUAAUACAUAACAUUUAUACAUGAAUGUGCAAACAGUGGGUCCUUUAGUGCAACAUGCUUUUUUGCUAACUCUGCGAUAUGCUAUUUUUUUAGCUAACAGUAUCUAAAGUCAUGGAAUAAACUAUAUAACAUGUGUUUCCUAAUUUAUGCCAAGAAAGUAGCUAAAGCUUGCUCCUCCUGGGAAAUUAGGCACUUAAUUCCACUACUAGGGAUUCAACGCUUGUGGAAUUGGACACGUAAACCAGGUCAGCCCUUUCUCCCAAAGGGCAGGAUACUUCUAUUGUCACCAGUAACCCAGUGGUUAGGGCACUCACCUGAGAUGUGGGAGGCCUGUUUUCAAAUCCCUUUUACUGCCUGAUUUGGAGCAGGGACUUGAGCAUUGAUCUCCCAUAUUAUAAAAGCAGCAGAGUGCCAUAAUCCCUGAGGGUAUGUCUACACUACAGCACUAAUUCGAACUAACUUAAUUCGAAUUAGUUAAUUCGAACUAAGCUAAUUCAAAUUAGUGCAUCUAGACCUAAAAACUAGUUCGAAUUAGCAUUUUG